AUGUCAAAUAAAAUAAACUACAUUCCUGUAUACAAAAAAAGUUCCGAUCCAACGUCGGUUUGGUAUCAUUUCCUAAAGGCCGAUACGGGUGAUUCUGCAAAAUGUAAAACAUGUGAAAAAGUUAUUAAGUGUGCGGGUGGUACUACAACAGGACUACGCAGCCAUUCAAGAUUACAUAAUAUUUCACUUGACAGCGAAAGGCUUGCUUCAGAAGUAGCUAGGGAAACUGCUGGGACUUCCAAAAGAAAAAAUGAUAACUCUUUAUUGGAGUCACCAGUUUCAGCGAAAAAUUUCAGAAUGACCGACUACUUCUCACAAUCAAACAGAUCAUUGUAUGUUAUGGUAUCAAGAAUGACAGCACUUGACGGUAUGCCAUACAGGGCAUUUACAGAAUCUGAAGACCUGAAGCAUCUAUUUAAAAAAGCUGGUUAUAAAUUACCUACGAGCGCAAAUACUAUAAAAGAUGUGACUAUAAAGUUUUAUGAUAAGACUAAGAAAAACCUUAUAAAGGAAAUACAGGAACUAAAGGAUGAAGGACACAAAUUUUCGGUUUCAAUAGAUGAAUGGACAUCUUCAAGAAAUAGGCGAUAUAUGAAUGUGAAUCUUCACUGUGCAUUUUUCAAAGGUUAG